AACAACUCUAUGUUAGUGGGGAAUUCCAGGUUGGAAGAAACAAUUUAGGGGAGUGGGGUUUUAUGAAAAACAUCUACGAUUUGAAGAAAUGGGAGACAACAAACGUUUCACGAUUAGGGGUUGUGUUGAACCCGAACGAUAUGGGAUUGCAGCCAGUACACUCAACGAAGUGAUCGACAAAGGUUGUACAAAACUAAAGAUACAAAAGCUUGGAGCGCAAGUCUAUCUGGAGUUGGAUGGAACACUUGUUGAAGAUGAAGACUACUUCCACUUGCUGGUGCCAGACACGGUGUUGGUCUUGUGUGAGCGAGGCAAGACAUGGAAAUGUGACCCAAUCUCACUACCAGUACUAAUUCAGCAGAUUCUUGACAGAUUAAGCAGGACCAACUAUCAAAAAGAAGUCGAUCACAUCCUUAGCACCAGUCCGUCUGAAAUCAAGAGACUUCUAGUUGAGUUCACCACCUCACAGAAAGGAAAUAUUAAUGCUGAAGAUAGAAACGAAGACCCUGCUUGGUUUGGAGGCAUGGAUCAGCGCUACAAGACCAAAUCCCAAGUGAUGUUUGACAAGGCAAAGGAUCGAGUGAGAGGCUAUUUUACCAAGACAAAAGACACUCUCAAACUGUCCAAAGAGAACUUCUCACAGGCAUCUUUGGUCCACUAUGAAUUGGUUCUUAAAGAACUAAGAGACACUCUGAAGGCCAACAAGUACCACGGCUUCUACUUUGAGAGAAACUGCAAACAUGAGGAUCGUCUCUGCGAUGAGAACGGUUGGUUCCAGUGCGAGGGAAGGUAUAAUUUGGACGAGUGCUCUGACGCCCAUCUGAUUAAUCCAUACAGUACCAAGGAUAACCUGACUUUUUUCAGCUCGUGGAACCUUGAUCAUGUAAUUGAAAAGCAACGGGAGGUGAUACCACGUUUAGGAGAUGCAAUCCAAAACUGCCCCAUUAACAAGCAGGUCAAUGUGAAAUACUUCUACGAACUUCUCUUUACUCGGCAGAAUCUGAAGCUAGUUGAUAUACGCUGCCACGACAAGGGAAUUCACCACGGCAGAGUCGCCAAGAGUAAACUUUACAGAAAAAUAAAACGCUAACCCAGAAGUUAAAUUAAUAUUUGUAGGUUUUCCCAACCAGUUUCAACCAUUUCCAUUUAUUUUAAUACCCAGCUCAUUCAUAGGGUGUCAUCAUUCAAGCUCUGGUGGUCAGGUCAUCGGAGUGUGGGUUCGAAUCCCGGUCCUGACACUUGUGUCCUUGAGCAAG